UAUCAAUUAAUUGCAAUGCAAUAUAAACAACCUUAACAUAUACAUGACGUUUCUUAACAAUAUGUAUGUAAGCUCGGAUGCUGUAUACUCUUAGUACGGUCCUGAACCAUGCUGAAACCACGGACAUGUUUCUAUGUACGUGAAUAUAGGAAUUUUUUUUGCAAGUUUUCCACAAAAAACGCUUCAUUGAUCGAUAGGUUUACUUCCCCUGAUUACGAAAUGCGUAAUCAUUAUGUGUUUCCCUCAUUACUGUGCCUGAAAAACGCGAAAAAUUGUUUCGUAGUUCACCUACAUUUCCUUGAUGGCGCUAGUUUACUUUCUGCGCACCUUUAAUGAAUAAUAAACACUAUAAUGGCAGAAAUUAAUUCACCGUCUGAAGAAGUGUUAAAACAAGCUAUUUUCGAUCUUAAAGAGCCGGUAUUAUUUCAACGAAUGCUACAGGAUGCAACAGGUGCAUAUACCUGGAAAUUAUUGAAUUGGAACUUGUCAGAACUUGCCAAAAAAUUUGGAGAUUCUAAGUUACCGUUUCGAGUCGGUUAUAAUGCUAAAUCGAAGUAUCCCCAAUGGGAGGUGAAUUGUCCAAUGAUUUCGAUGACAUUGUCAGACUUCAUUAGGAAUGUAGAUCUUAAUGAAAAUGAUAAAAAGUGGUACUACUUUGAUUAUAAGUAUAUGCAUGAAUGGUUUAAAGAUAAUCCAGAGGUAAUAGAUUCACUGAGUUGGAAAAGAUUUGGAUUUGACAAGAGUGGAUCUGAAUCUACUCUUUGGAUUGGAAACAAAGGUGCUCAUACAAAUUGUCACCAAGAUUCUUAUGGUUGCAACUUGGUAGCACAGAUUCAUGGAAGAAAACAAUGGUUAUUGUUUCCUCCAAGUUCAAGUAAUUUCUUACAUCCAACAAGGAUUCCUUACGAGGAAUCAACUGUAUAUAGUAAAUAUAAUUUCUUCUCUCCUUCCAAAGAAGAUGAGGUAGAGAUACUAAAAGUGCAACAAGCACCAAAACUGAUAACACUUGAGCCAGGGGAUGUAUUGCUAGUACCUGCUGGUUGGUGGCAUUACGUAGAAUCAUUGAAUUUUUCUAUUAGUGUAAACACAUGGUUACCAAUAAUAACAGAUAAUAUAUCACGAGUUAAAGAAGCUAUUGUUAAAUUAGUAGUAGCUAGAAUUGGCAAAGAUGUCUACAAUACAUCUGAUGAUGCUCACUGCAAUUUAUCUUAUUAUGUGAAAUUGCUCAGGGUUGCUCUUAACGAAUGUAAAAAUGUGGAAAGUAUGGAACAGUCUUGUAAAAAAACAAAGCAUACUACAUGGAUAGCAGAAGAUUUACAAGCACAAUAUCCAGCUUAUGUGAAGCUUCUUUCUGAACUUAAAACAACAGAAUUGGAGGAAUUUUUGAAAACUAAAAGAGAAAGAUUUUCUGAAAAUAUUACUGAAUUACAAGGACACUCUUCUGAAUCUUACAAUAACACUCAGAACACGUUUCCUUCUUGCGAACCAUUGUCUGAAGACAUUGUUAAUGCUUUUUGUCAUCCAGAUGUUGUUAAUAAAGUGGCAGAUUUGCUUCUAUCAUUGUAAA